CGGUGACUUACAACACCACCAGAAAACAAAUCAUAGUCGAACGAUUUGCCGCUAGCCUUUAUUUUCCGUAUGUAAGAUAAGCGGGCGUUCAAACCAUCUUACUUUUCUUCAGGUUAAAGUGACACCGUAUAUUGUUUUAUUGUAUCCCUGGUAGUGGCUGGAAGUUGUGAAGUUAGAAAUUUGACAGAAAUUUCACUAAUUCCCAAUAGCUUUCGUUAUGACAAGCAUUGAUGGUGUUGCUCGAUCCGGCUAUGAAGAUCAACUUCGGCGCUGGAUUGAAAGUUCAACGCCGAUUGCUGAGAUUCAGUUGUCUGGCGUUGGCGAAGGCAGUGAAGGUGCACGGGCUACCGAUACAGCCCUGAGAAGCGUCCUGUGGGACCUUCUUGACACCCAUGGACAGCAUGCCAAUGUAUCAGUGAAAGAUGCUGACCAAAGUUCACGGAAAUUGGAAGCUGCUGUUCUGGGCCGAUUUGUUGACUUGAUGGUGGCUUUAUGUGAAAAAGAGAUGGCUUCACCCAAUUUACCUGCAACGGUGUUCACGGACCUAUUCGACACCCUGACAAUUUCCCGCUGCGAGCGACUUUUCCAUCUCGUCGAGCAACGGGUCGAGUUAUGGAAACGACCUGCGUUCUUUGCACCCUGUAAAAACCAGCUACUCAGAAUGUGUAAUGAUCUCUUGCGACGAUUAAGCAAAAGUCAGAAUACGGUAUUUUGUGGCCAGAUUCUUAUCGUGCUUGCUAAGCUGUUUCCCCUAUCCGAACGAUCUGGCCUAAACAUCGUGUCCGAAUUUAACACCGAACACCUGUCGAUUCGAGGCGACCAGUCAGCAUGUGCAGAAGAAACAUCACCAUUAACCAAUCAAGGGGACGACAAAGAGCCCAGCCUUACGGAGAAGGAAGGCACACCAAUAUCAACAGAAGAUUCUACCAGCAUUAUCGGCGUGUCCGGGAAAGUUAGCGUAAACCUCUAUCGGAAGUUCUGGAGUCUGCAAGAGUUCUUUCGGCAACCUAACCUCUGUUACAAUGGCAACCACUGGAAGCAAAUGACCAAGUGUAGCCAAGAGGUUCUCACGGUAUUCUCAUCCUAUCGACUCGAUGAACAUGCCGCUUCAAGCAAGCCUACAGAUGCAUAUUUUGCCAAAUACUUAACAUCGAAAAAGCUCUUUGAGCUUGAGCUGUCUGAUUCGAACUUCAGACGUUAUAUUCUAAUUCAGUUCCUAAUCAUGUUUCACUAUCUCAAGGCCAGCGUAAGAUUUAAGCUAGAGAGCCAAGUCUUAUCAGAAGAGCAGUCUCAAUGGGUUCGGGAAAAAUCAGCAGAGAUUUAUAAGCUUCUCGAACAAACACCGCCAGACGGGAAAGAGUUCGCAAGAUCAAUUGCUUCCAUGAUGGCUCGCGAAGAAAUGUGGAACGCGUGGAAAAACGACAAUUGUCCGGCGUUCCGCGUUGCUGAUGCACCGGAACGUAAAUUGGUACGACGGAAACGCCCCAUUGGUGACGAUAUUCGAGAUCAUCUAGCUAAAGGUCAGAUAUCUAUGGGGAGCGCGGAGCUGACCCGUCUAUUCAACAUCUGUCCGGAUAACUGGGAAGCUUGUCGUGGCGAACGGCGCAACUAUGUUCCUUCAAUGGAAGAAUUUUUCGAAGAGGCCAUCGCGCAGGCUGAUCCCACAGCUUGCAUUGAGGAUCAAUACAAAUUGACGAGUAAUCCGAACUGGGGCUGGAGAGCAUUAAGAAUUCUGUCGCAGAAAUCGCUCCACUUUUUCACAUCGACAAAUCAACCCGCCAAAUCAUUACCGAAUUAUCUCGAUACAAUGGUGGGUUAUUUGGCGAAGGAUCUCUCCGUGACCAAGGAAGGCUCGAAAGAAAAUUCGAAUGGAACGGCAACAGGCGCAAAAGUCGAUGAAGUGGAUGACAAUUCACAGGAUGAUUUCAAGGAUGAAGAUGCGGAUAGUAACGCACAAGUUGGGAAUGCGUCCCAGCCAUCAACGGUGAAUAAUAGUACGGGAAACAUUGGCCGGCGCACUGGAACAGGGGCUUCGGGUACUUCUGCCGCCCCAGAAGAUGAAGAUGGCGAUGGAGUCGAUGGUGAUGGAAACAGCAGGGGAAGUACCCAGAACAACUCGAAUAUAAACAACAAUGACAAAGAAGUCGGACCUCCACCUAAACGCACUCGCCUUGCAAUGUUAAGGUCGGCUGCAGCGUCUUCGGCAACCGAAGGAAGCAGCAACGCAACGCUUUCAGCUGGUACGAUCAGCCGGCUUGCGGCAGCUCUGGGUGCUGAUUGCGCCCGUCUCGUACCCCACAUGGGUCUCAGCGAUGACGAACUUCAGUAUGUUCAAAGUCAGCAUGAAGAUGAUCCAGUUGCCCAAGCUAAUCAUCUUCUAACACUCUGGAAAGAAAAUGAGCCAGAGGACGCCACCUUGGAAAAGGCUAGACAGAUCGCUGCCAAGCUGGGUCUUACCCACAAAUUAACAGACGCGGCACUCAAGGGCUAAUUAAGGAAUUUACGGACUAUGUGAUUUGUGUGCUCUGGUGUAAGAACUUUGUUACAGCAAACGAAAGGCUGCUUCGCCGGUAGAUAUUUUUCUGCUGCUAACGACAAGUAAAAAGCAGAAACGGCAGUGAGUUACAAUGCCGGCAGACGAGUCUAUUAAUGGCGUUUAGGAUGAUGCCAGAGCUGUUAAAAGCAAAACAUGUGUAAAUUCACCUCAGAUGAAGAAUUCUCUACUUCUACAGGUUACGCGGGAGGGACACAAUGUACAGUAAGAAAAUUAUCUUUGUAUUUACGAAUCGUCAUUACGGUACUGCUUCAAUAAUGAAAAAAACAUAACAAAACGACUCGAUAUAGGCAUGUGAACCAGAAAAAUGAUUUUUAUUCCAGCAAACGAUUCCGUGUCAGUAUGUGGGCUGGUGAUUUGAUGAACAUAUAAACGUUUAGCGUUCAUACAAAAGCAAAUAAUAAACGACAGACGAAAGAGUUGUGGCUGAGAAGUUAA